UAGAUUCAUGAUAAUUUAUCAUGAGUAGAUUUUCUACAUUUUUUAUAUUCAAUAAGUUAUUAUCAUGUGUAUUUUCUCUGCGCAUGCCUUGUAAACUUGAGCAACUGACUAUCGUUUGAAUAUUGACAAUUUCUUAGCCGAACUAUAUGUUAUUGUAAUAUUAAAUAUUUUCUAUUGUAUUCUGUGUCCAGGAACGGGCUAUCACAAUGAUGGAACUAAUUGCUCAAGGAAAAAUCAAAAAGAAAAUAUUACCAGGAUCUAAAAUACCAAGCACUAUUUCAAAAUCUGAUAUAAAUUUUAUAAAUUCAGAGCAGCCAGGUCACAAUUUUGUAGACAACGAUGACAACAAUGGUAGAGAUUAUGUAAAUGAUGGUUUAAACAAAUUAGAUGGAAAAGUCGAAGAGAACAAUGAGAUAAUGGGUGAACCUGGUUCAAAUAUGAGUUGUGUCGAGAGCAUUACUUAUGCUGGUUCAAUAGAAGAUCUUCAAGAUUUAAGCACUGAUCAAAUUAAGCUUUUUGAACAUUAUAAAUUCAAAGAUCCAUCAGAUAUUUCUAAUAGUUUAGCAAUUUAUAAUCAUAAAAAAAAUAUUGUUCAGACAGUUAAUGCUAAUUCGGUUGUUUUGAUUACUGGUCCAACGGGAUGUGGUAAAAGUACUCAAGUUCCUCAGUAUAUUUUAGAUGACUGUAUGAGUAGAAAGAAGAACUGUAAUAUUAUCGUCACCCAACCUAGGCGUAUAGCAGCAAUAUCAGUAUCUAAACAAGUGAAUAAAGAACGUAGCUGGAAAAAUGGACUUUUAGUUGGUUAUCAAGUUGGUCGUAAAAAAGAUUUUGAUCCCCAUACUGUAAAAAUUUUAUACUGCACUACAGGAAUUUUACUACAAAAAAUUAUCAAAGCCAAAAGUCUUUCUGAAUUCACUCAUAUUAUUUUAGAUGAAGUUCAUGAAAGAACACUUGAAAUGGAUUUUUUAUUAUUAGUUAUUAAAAAGUUAAUAAAAACUAAUUCUCAGUCAACACGUGUAAUUUUGAUGUCUGCAACAGCCAAUACAGAUAAAUUAGGUGAUUAUUUUAGCGAUUAUUAUGGACCUCCUCAUAAUGUUUUUGUUCCUGCAUGUGAAAUUAAAGUUGGUGAUAAAAAGAACUUCUUUAUUCAUAAAUACUAUUUGGAUGACUUGUUUGAUAUUGUACCCUCUGCCCGAAGAAUGGAAUUUCAUAAACCUCAAAUUGAAAGUACAGGAUAUAAGACAGCUAUAGAAUUGGUGAAAGCAUUUGAUACAUUGGAAUCAGGUAACUCGAUUAUAAAACCAUCGGUGUUGGUGUUUUUGCCUGGUAUUUUUGAAAUUGAAGAAAUGCAUAGACUUAUGGAAAAUGUAAUGGUUUCAGAGAAUCAUAAAUGGACACUGAUACCAUUACAUUCAUCAAUCACUAAUGAAGAACAAGAUCGUGUUUUUGAACAGCCACCUUUAAAUUAUCGUAAAAUAAUUUUGUCUACAAAUAUUGCAGAGAGUUCAAUUACCGUUCCUGAUAUUGAAUAUGUCAUAGACUUUUGUUUAAUGAAACAAAUUAAAAAUGAGUUAAAAUCAAAUUAUUCAAUGUUGAUUAUGACUUGGGCAUCAAAAAGUAAUUGUGAACAAAGGGCUGGAAGAGUGGGGCGAGUUAAUAAUGGUAGGGUUUAUAGACUUGUCCCUGAGAGUAUGUUUUCAGAUUUUAUUGUUGAUGAAGUAUCAGAAAUGUGUCGUUGUUCACUUAGUCGUAUUGUAUUAAUGUCUAAAAUAUUGGAUAUGGGAACCCCAAAACAACUUCUUGCAAAUGCCUUAGAACCUCCAAGUUUAAAAAACAUUGCUCUUACAGUAGUUACUCUUAAACAGGUUGGAGCUCUAUUGCCUACAGUAAAUGGAAUAAUAUCAACUACAGAUGGUGAUAUUACUUAUAUGGGGAAAGUAAUGGCAAAUUUACCAUUAGAACCACCUAUGUCAAAAUUAAUUUAUUUUGGAUACAUUUUUAAUAUUUUAAGUGAAUCCAUAAUAAUGGCAUGUGGUCUAUCAUUGAAAAGUAUUUUUAGUCAGCCUUUUAAUAAACGUUUAGAAGCCUACACACAAAAGUUAACUUGGGCUAAUCAUUCUUGUAGUGAUCCAAUUGCAUAUAUUAGUCCAUAUCAAAGAUGGCUUGAAAGAAAACCAGAAUUUGAUCGAAAUCGAAAUCUUGAAAGAAACUGGGCCUCUGCAAAUUUUAUAGAAUUAUCUGCCAUUCGAGAAUUAUAUGAUUUAGUUGAUGAUGUGACUAAUAGAUUGAAAAGAAGUUUUAAUAUAGUAGUGAACUCUGGUCAAAUGAAAUGGGUUAAACCAGAAGAAAAAGCAAUGGCUUGUAAGGUAAUUUUAGCUGGAUCAUUUUAUCCUAAUUACUUUAUACGUGGAAUAACAAAUGCAUAUAUGGAUGAACAUCAUGUAUUGAAAAUUUUAGAUGAACAUGAUCCUAAUCGAACUGUUUAUUUUACUGGUUUUCCAAAUGACCAACCCAAAGUAUUAUAUAAAGAAGCUAUUGAAAACAUGUUUCCUACCAACUUAGUUGGGAAACCCACUGCACAUUUUAGUACUUCAAACAAAGUGUUUAUUGAAUUUCCCAUGACAAAUGUAAAUGAUCUGAAGAAUAAAAAUAAUCUUAAUGGAAGUCAAUUAGUACCUGGAAGUAUAUCCUUUGGUGUUUAUAUUGCUCUCAAAAUGAAUCAAUUAAAAUUUGCAUUCAAAAUUCCUUUACUGAAACCUGAAGAUGCACAAAAAAAGUUAGAAUUAUAUACAAAAAAUAUUGCUUCUCAAAAAGAAAAAUUACCACAGGAGAUAUUACCCAUUCAAAAAUCAAUAAUUGAAGAGAUCCAAACCAACGUUAAACACAUAACCUUAUCAGUGUCACAUUUUGAAUCUAUUUCGUGUUUUUGGGCUCAUCUCUAUGGUGAAGCAUAUACUAAUAAGCUUUCUAAUAUAUGGAAUACUUUAAGUAAUAAAAUAAAUUAUACUAAAACUCAUGUGAGAGAUUUAGCAAUUAAUGAAUUUUAUAUUGUGAUGUAUAAAAAUGAUAACUACAGGGCAAAAUUAAUGAAUUUUAUACCUGGUCCUCGAGAAAAAUACCGAUUUUUUUUGAUAGAUUUUGGAGAAACAGUUGAUGUAUUAGUGGAAAAUAUAUUCAGCAUUAUUAAUGAAGAUAUAAAAACUAAAAUAUAUAGUAUACCAGCAUUAGCUUUUCAAUGUACAAUUGCAAAAAUUCGUCCAUCAACAAAUGGAAAAUUGGAGAGUAAUUGGUCUGAUGAAGCUAAUGAAAUAUUUAAAAUAGUUGAAAAUUCUAAUGGAGUAUUUUACGGAAAAAUAUAUUCUAUAGUUAAUGGUAUUGUCUCAUUUGAAGAUCUAAAAUACAUAAAUGAAGGAGAAUAUAUUUCAAUUCCAGAAGAGCUAAUUAAGCACAACUUAGCUAAACGAUCUGAAGAAUCGUUUGCUUCAAAAAUGGAUCACGAAAAAAGGUUAAGAAUUAUUGGAAAUGCGAAGAAUGAACUCUAUCAAAUGUCUAAUAUCUCAUGUUACUUAAAAAGCCCUACAGAAGCAGAAUCUUAUACAAUGCAUCAUUUUAAAGGACCUAAUAGUCCAUUAGAAAUGACCGUUAAUGGAAUAAGUCAUAAUAAUAUUACUAAAAUUGUUAAAAUCGAAAGUCAAUCUGUGAAUUCAGUUUUAUUAGACACUAACCCUAAUGAUUAUCACGAAAGAUUGUUUGUUGCUGGAAAUGUUUGUAUGAAUGAAAAUGAGAGAUUGACCCUUUGGGAUACAACAAUGAUGCCAAAUAUUCCUGGAAUACCUGCUAUUAUUUGUCUUUUAUUCUCACCUUGUGUAGAAAUCCGGUAUAACCCUUCUUUUACAAAAAUGAUUGGAGCGAUUUGUGGAUUAGGAUAUGAUCCAAUUACAUCGAGACCAUUAUUUGGAGAAAAUGAUAUUGAAAUUACAUUUGAUACUGUAAUGGAUAGUUCCAUUUUAAGCAAAAUAAAUGUUAUAAGAAUGCUAUUAAACAAAUGUGUCAAUCCAGAAGAUGAAGAAGGACCUGGCGACAUUUUUGAAUUGCAACAUAAUUUACAAAUUAAAUUGAUGCAGGUAUUUAGCUUGCCUACUAAAUUCAAAGCUCCAGAACCUUUUUUGAGAAGAUAUUUAUGGGGAUCAAUUCCAAAAUCAAGAUUACAGUCCCCAUACCAAGAAAAUAGCCCUGUUAAUCAUCCUAUGGCUGGUGCUGAUGUUUAUAAACUAUUAUGGGGAGUUAUUUUAUCGCCAACUAUGUCGCAUGGGGAAUGUAAAGAAUUGAUGUACAAAUUAUGUAAAAUUCAGAGAUUAAAAGAAAAAUUUAGUCAAAACCAUUACUGCAGCAAUUCGUCUCUGGAAGAACUAUGUUGUCCGUUAUGUCACUUAACAUUUUCUAACAACACAUCCAUGCAAAUGCAUUUCAAUAAUUACCAGCAUAUUAACCGCUAUGAAAAUGCUAGAGAAGAAUUGUACACUUUCUAUACUGGGCAAUUUACAGAUAUUCAAUAUUUAUAACAUCUUUUUUUUUUUAUAACUAUUUUAACUUGUAUUUAUAUAUCUA